AUGAAGCUCAGGUCCCGAAACAUUGAUGCUCAUGAAGCCGCGAUUUCAACGGUAAAGAUGGCAAAGAUUGAGGCCUUCGAGAGUAUUUUUCCUGGUAUGCUGGUUUCCUGCGGAGAAUUCGGAAUCUGCGUUGGAUCUGAGUGCGACGGAGUGCCCUUAGAAACUUGGCGGGUUCAGGGCAGAAUCUUAUGCGAAGUCUGUGCAACAAAGGAGUAUGGGAGCAAAUUCUAUGAGGAAAACGACGUGGUUGAUCCGGGGUCCUCUGAUGCGAAAUUCAAAUGCCCAGCAUAUGAUAAAGAAGGGAGUUGCAAGUCGAAGGAAGUUUCUAUCGAGAAUUUUUUCAUGGGAAAUUGUUGCGAGCAAGCUUCAAAAGUGUUCGUUGAAAACAAAAAAGCCCAAGAAAAGCAACUGAAAGUUGUCCACCAAUAUUAUAAGUGGGACUCUGAAGAUCUACAGGACAAUAAAAACUAUAUCAAAAAUACGCCAAUAAGGAUAAAGAAGACAGAAGACAGAAUCAAACAAGAGGAAGAGGCCUUGAAUCAAUUGAUGAAGAAAGUCGAAAACGCCAAAAAAUCCCUUGAGGAGAAAAGAUGUUAUGUUCGGUGUAACAAGAAUGCCCUUCAAGAAUCAAAGAAAAGGACAAUCGAAAAGGAGAAUGUGAAGAAUGAAAGCCUGAAACGAUUCAAACAACUUUCAUAUGAAUACCAUCCAGUCGCCUCCAAACUCUCUCUCGAUGACGAUGUUGAAGCAAGAGAGAACAGAAAAGACUACCAAUAUUGCAAAGCUUGCGACGAGUUUUACAACGACACAGACCGCCGAAAAUCUUUCUUGUCAUCCUGUGGUCACGUUGCUUGCCUGAAAUGUUUUACGAGAAGAUUCAAUGAUGACGUCGAAUAUACGUACUGUCCGUUUAACCUGGGCAAGGAUUGUCAGAAACGAUACUACCGUUUUGAAGUCAGAAGCUUGUAUGAAUAG